AGGCAGGUGACAGAGGUGACGUUUAGCUAUUUUACACGUGUUUUAAGAAUUCCAGCCGUAAAUUCGAGGCUUCCAGGUCAAAAAUAACGCCGGUGGGUCAUCCUGAGGAACAUAAAAGAGUGACAGCCACGGGGAACAGCAGACAGGAGAAAAGUAAAAAAUAAAACAACAAAAGGAGGCAAAAUGUGGAAGGCUCAGGCAGGGUACCAGGUCUCCGUGGACAAUGGGAACGAUGACGAUGACUGGGAGACGGACGCCGACUACGUCAACAAUAUGACGGAGGAGCAGCAGCGCUUCGGCACGGAGAGGAACACGGACGCCAUCGACAUGAAGAAGUACCGUGAGGAGGUGAUCAACUGCGAUGCAGAGACCAAGCGGAAAGAACUCGAGACUGGCCCCAAAGCAUCCUACGGCUACGGGGGGAAGUUUGGGGUACAGAAGGACAGAAUGGAUAAGAGUGCUGAGACACAUGAGUACGUAGGGAAGGUGGACAAGCACGCCUCACAGAAGGACUAUGCCUCAGGGUUUGGUGGCAAGUUUGGGGUGCAGAGUGACCGUCAGGACCGCUCGGCCGUCGGUUGGGACCACUUGGAGAAGGUGGACAAGCACGAGAGCCAGAAAGAUUAUUCAAAGGGCUUUGGAGGCAAAUAUGGCAUUCAGAGAGACCGCCAGGAUUCCUCUGCCUUGGGCUGGGACCAUGUUGAGAACGUUGAGAAACAUGGCUCCCAGAGGGACUACAGCCAGGGCUUUGGUGGCAAGUUUGGGGUGCAGAAGGACCGCCAGGACAAGGCUGCGGCGGGCUGGGACCACAUCGAGAAGGUGGAGAAACACGAGAGCCAGAAAGACUACUCCAAGGGCUUUGGCGGCAAGUAUGGCGUGCAGGCCGACCGCCAAGACAAGUCCGCUGCCGGCUGGGACCACAUUGAGAAGCUGGAGAAACACGAGAGCCAGAAAGACUACUCCAGAGGGUUUGGCGGCAAGUUUGGGGUGCAGCGCGACCGCCAGGACAAGUCAGCGGCCGGCUGGGACCACAUUGAGAAGGUGGAAAAACACGACAGCCAGCGAGACUACUCGAAGGGCUUUGGCGGCAAGUUCGGGGUUCAGUCUGACCGGCAAGACAAGUGUGCAGCCGGCUGGGACCACGUGGAGAAGGUGGAGAAGCACGAGAGCCAGAAAGACUACAGCCAGGGUUUCGGGGGCAAGUUUGGGGUGCAGAAGGACCGCCAGGACAAGACUGCUGCAGGCUGGGACCACAUUGAGAAGGUGGAGAAACAUGAAAGUCAGGUUGACCACUCCAAGGGCUUUGGUGGCAAGUUUGGCGUGCAACAAGACCGCAUGGACUCGUCGGCACAUGUGUUCUCAGAGCCCCAAGGAGGAGUGGGCACCAACUACAAGCCCACCAAACCAGAGAUCAAAGGCUCAGAGAAAGCAUCCAACCUAAGAGCAAGAUUUGAGAACCUGGCGGUGGAGGAGGAGACCAAGAGGAAGCAGCAGCAGGAGGAGGAGAGGAAAAAGCGCUUUGAGGGUGACUCUGCGCUGAUACAGAAGGAGAAGAUAAAGGUGGCGGAGCAGCAGGAGGAGGAGGCAGCCAGGCUCAGGAAGAGGCACGAGGAGGAGGACAGGCAGAGGGAGCUGAAGAGGCAGGAGCAGAUCAGGAGAGCCCGAGAGGAAGCGACCUUGCCCGAGGAGGAUGCCCACUACCUUCAGGAUACUGCUGCUGCCGCUGCCGCACAGAGCACCACCCCCGCCCCUACGGCUGAACAGGCACAGCGGGCGGCGGCGGAAGAGGCAGCGUUCAGGGCAGAGAAGGAGCGUCUGGAGGCCGAGGUGCGAAGACAAGAGCUCCUCCUAAUGGGCGACACUCCCCAGAGCCCAGCAGCCCCCCGUCAGGAGCCUCCCGCUGCUGCUGCUGCUCCUGCUCCUGCUCCUGCUCCUGCUCCUGCUCCUGCUCCUGCUGCUGCCGUUCCUCCCCCUGCACCAGCCACCACAGAUGCACCGCAAGAUGAGUCCAUGGGCAUCACGGCCUUCGCUCUCUUUGACUACCAGGCGGCGGACACAGAUGAGAUCUCCUUCGAUCCUGAUGAUAUCUUGACCAAUAUAGAAAUGAUUGACGAGGGCUGGUGGCGCGGCUGGUGCAACGGCCAGUACGGGCUCUUUCCAGCCAACUAUGUCCAGCUACACAGCCCCACCCAGUGAGGUCAAGCACUCUGGGGGACCCGAGGUCACUCCAGACUCAGAUGACACACAGCCAAGUGAGUUGGACAGCUGGAGCACCACAUGGCUUGGCUGCCGGCUGACAACCUGCAGAGGAAGUGUCGGCCACCACAGGGGCUUGUACUGUUGUUGCAGUUGUUGAGGUACACGUAAAUAUUUAACCUCCUUGUGAUAAAACGAGAAUUUAUUGUUUUAUAAAGCCACAGCUGCCAAAUCUAUAGGGUACUGUAUUUUUAACGGCUCAGUCAUUCGCUGUGUUAAAUGUGAAAGCAGAAUCUUUUAUGAUGACUUUUAAUGCUGCUUUUAUGCUGAUGAUCAUACGUUAGCUGUUAGUUGAAGAUUGCUGUGCAUUGAGGUUACUUGUAGGACAGUCAGCCAGCCUGCCAGGUCUGUGUAGUCCCCAAGCUUGGCGCUGACUACCCGCUGCUCACACUAGACAGGUAUUGGCUGCAUUGUUGAUGUCUUAUAUUAUCCUCCUGAUUUGUAGGAUGAUUUACCACACUUUAUUUGGUGCUCUUAUAUGUUGAUGCAAUUAGAGGGGACGGAAGCACACACUGUGAGUGGACUGUUGCUCUUCCGUCGCCUGUAGCCUGAGUUUGUUAUUUAGCUAUAUAUUUAAUUUUAUACUUCUUUUUAUAUACUUAUUUUUUCAACUUCUUUUGACAUCUUUUAACUGAACUACUACUAUGCGUUUCAUGCGCCAUGAAACACAGUUUUUCGAAUAUGACAUUUUAACAAAGCGUCGGACAAGGAUGGUAUUUUGGAAGACGAUGAUUGAGACCUCGACCUAAUUGGCAAAAAUAGGCUUAGGUGCCAAAUGUGGAUGAUUACGGCACUUGUAAGAGUAACUUUAAGGUAAACUUCACUAAAAUAUACAGGCACGGGUAGCGAGGCUAGGUGCCGUCAUCACGUAUGCACCGCCUCUCCUUCGUGACGUCAAUGUGACGUUUUACGGUGAAGUAGUAGUAAUCACUGACUCAACGGGUUGUUUUCUCUCUCACUCACUCACACACACACACACACACACACACACACACACACACACACACACACACACACACACACACACACACACACACACACACACACACACACACACACACACACA